GAAACAGUGAAGCAAUAGAUUUGUCUAUAUUAGACUUCUGAGGCCUGCAAGUUUUGCAUUCUCUAUUUUAAUUUUGGUAUAUGGUAUUUCUCUAGCUACGGAUUCACCACUUUAUCAAAAAGAAUGGCCGCCGAGGAAGUAGAUCUUUACGAGCUCCUUGGUGUUGAGAGGGAUGCUACUAGAUCGCAAAUUAAGAAGGCAUACCACAAGGCUGCUCUAUCAAGUCAUCCGGACAAAGUAGCUGAGCACGAGCGGGAGGAAUCAGAAGCGACGUUCAAAGCCGUGACUGAAGCAUACGAGAUUCUCUACGAUGAAGAAAAGCGCCACCUCUACGACACACACGGCAUGUCCGCCUUUACGCCCGGUGGCGGCCCCGGCAUGAAUGGUGGUGUAGAUCUGGAUGACAUCCUGGCUCAGAUGUUUGGCAUGGGCGGCGGUAUGGGUGGUAUGGGUGGUAUGGGAGGAAUGCCCGGGUUCGGUGGCGCUGGGCCUCGAAGACCACGGAAAGGAAGAAGCGAAGAGCAGGAUUACGAGAUCACGCUUGAAGAGUUGUACAAAGGAAAAACUGUGAGGUUCGCCAGCACAAAGAAUGUCAUCUGCAGUCACUGCAAGGGCUCUGGUGGCAAGGAGAAGGCAAAGCCAAGACAGUGCGCAACUUGCAAUGGACAGGGCUAUAAAGCUGGACUUCGUUCCGUGGGACCUGGACUCGUCACGCAAGAGACGACGACCUGCAAUGCCUGUAAGGGUAACGGCAAAGUCUUCAAAGAAAAAGACAGGUGCCGGAAGUGCAAGGGUGAUCGUGUGACAGAAGAGAGGAAGGUUCUGGAGCUUUACAUCCCCCGCGGUUCCAAGGACGGAGACCGCAUAGUCUUGGAAGGUGAAGCCGACCAAGUUCCCGAUCAGGAACCGGGUGACAUUGUUUUCACUCUGCGGGAAACUCCUCAUGAUGUCUUCGAGCGAGUAGGCGCUGAUCUGCAGGCUGAUCUUAAGAUUACAUUGUCAGAAGCGUUGACGGGCUUCAACCGGGUUGUUGUCAAGCAUCUUGACGGUCGUGGAAUUCAAAUUCAUGUGCCCCAGCCUAGAGGCCGUAUCAUGAAGCCGGGACAGGUCUUGAAGGUUCAAGGGGAGGGCAUGCCUUACAAGAAAAGCGACAUGCGUGGCGACCUGUACCUCGUUGUCGAUGUCAUCUUCCCGGAAGACGGUUGGCUGAGGGAUGACGCUACGCUGAAAAAGCUGCAGGAUAUUCUACCCAAACCUGGGAAGCCGAUAGCCGCCGAUGUAGUAGACGAGGUUGAAUACGAUGAAAAGGCGGACCUGAAAGAUUUUGGCGCGGGCUCUGACGAUUCUCGAGCUGGUCCUGAAUGGGCUGACGAGGAUGAUGAUGACAUGCCCGAUGGGGCGCAGUGUGCAACCCAGUAAUAAUCUUUUUCUACUUCACUGAGCAUGGCGCAUUUUGGGAAAGCGGUACAUCCAUUCAUAUGUAAAUUUAGAGGGGCUGCACGGGACAUAAACGGCUUGGUAGAUAUUACAAACAUGAAACCCUACUCAAUCGGCUU